UUGAUGACAUUUUUCUGUGGGAAACAUGAGUAGCUUCCGCAUGCAUUCCAGAAUAAUUUAAAAUAGAAUAAAAACGUGAUAUAUUCACAUACUAUACAACAACCUUCACCAAAUGGAAAAGCAACCAUAUUCAGAGAUGAUGAUAAUUUGAUUCUUGGAUGGGAUGGAAUCAAGUUUAAUUCUAUUCUUCUAUAAUGUAUAAGUAAAACAGGGUAGAGUCUGGUUCCAUUUCUUGUUCGUGAAUUCAAUGAUGAUGAGAAUAGGAAAUUUUAAUCAUGUGGAGGCCAGGGUGUCUUUGAUACAGCAAUGGUUUUUUCUCCGAAGAUUGUCUCUGUGGUCGAUGAAGAAGGAAGCAGAGUUAGAAUCAGCACUCUCACGCAAUCGACGAUGGAUAGUGAACAACCAGAUAAAGAACAUCAUCCUCCGAUAUCCCAACAACGAAAUCCCCAUCGAAACCCUUCAGAAGAAGUUCAAAACCCUCGAUCUCCAGGGCAAAGCCCUCAACUGGCUCUCUAAGUACCCAUGCUGCUUCGAAAUCCACGAUAACCGCUGCCGCCUCACCAAACGCAUGAUGAACCUCGUCGCACAGGAACACUCCCUCAUCGACUCCCUCCAACCCCUCUUCGCUCGCCGCUUGGCCAAACUUCUCAUGCUAACCCUCCGCAACAGACUCACCGUCCUCAAAAUCAACGAAUUCAAACGCGCGUUUGGCUUCCCCGACGAUUACGUAAUCAGGAUCCUGCCCAACUACCCUAAUUUGUUCCGUAUCGUCAACGAGAGCGGCAGGAGGAGUUCCAUGGCCAUUGAGUUGCUGCAUUGGGACCCUGACCUCGCAGUCUCCGCCGUCGAAUCCUCCGCUGCGAAGCACGGUACGCCGCCACGUUUUUCAUGUUCCUUGCCGUCUAGUUGGGUGAAAUCCUGGGAGAGAUUUCGCGAAUUCGACGAAAUUCCUUACAUUUCGCCGUAUUCGGAUCCUCGAGGUUUGGUGGAGGGGUCCAAGGAGAUGGAGAAGAGGAAUGUCGGUUUGGUACAUGAGUUGUUGUCUUUGACUCUUUGGAAGAAGGCUUCGAUUGUGAAGUUGGGGCAUUUUAAGAGGGAGUUCCUUUUGCCCGAUAGGUUGAAUGUGUUCUUGCUCAAGCACCCUGGGAUUUUCUAUGUUUCCAAUAAGUAUAAGAUUUACACUGUGCUUCUUAGGGAGGCCUAUGUCGGGUCUCAGCUUGUGGAUAAGGAUCCUUUGGUGGUUGUGAAGGAGAAGUUUGGGGACUUGAUGCAGGAGGGGCUUCAUGAAUACAAUCAGAGGCGUCGCCUCCUCAAUGUUGAAAAGAGAAGGAGGUCAGGGGUUCCAUUGAUUAGUGUAGAUGGUGCAAAGGGUAGAAGGAGAAGUCACGAAGUUGAUGAUGAUUAUGGUGAUAGUAAUGGUGCAGAUAGUAAGGUGGGAGGGUUAUUUGACCCUGAAGAAAGAAAACGGUUUUAUAGAGUUCUCUUUGAUGAUGAUGUUUCUUGAAAUUCAACCUUGGUGUAUAGAUUGUGCGUUUGAUUUGCCUAGUUUGGUGCAUGUUUGGAUAACAGUUGCAUCCUUCCAGUAGUAGCUUCAGAAUAAAAGAUACUAAAGGCCAACAUUAACAUUUUCCUAAAGUACGAGUCCUACAUGGUUAUCCAAUCAUGCUCUUAGACAUUCUACCCUCUUUCCCAAUAAAUAACUGCAUACCACAUUCUCCGAAAUUAAUGGCCUGUACUUCACUACUUAUCCACCGAAUAGAUCAAGUCUUAACCUUAAUUCUUUCUGUAUUAGAUUCUCAUCUCAUUAAAAGAAUGGUAAGCUGCAGUUGCCAUUUUGUCAA